AUGGAAACCAAGCUCUGUGGAUGGCAACCCAGGUGUCUAGAUCAGUUUGAAGCUUCCCGACAGGACUUCCAGACAUAUUCCCUGUUUCCCUUCAAGAUCGUGCCCGGUGAGCCCAUUCCGUCGGCGAUUUUGAAGUUCUUUGAGAUGGAGCACGAUCCCUACGUGAUUCAAUUGAGGAAGUACAUGGACUGGGCACAUCAGAUGCUAAUGGCAUGCUGGUCCUCCAAUGGCCGCGUUUGGGAAGUUCGGCUGCGUUGGAAUGCUUCUGUGAUACUUCAUGGCCAGCUUGAGGAGAAACUGAAUGAAGUUCACUCCACCGCCUGUGCCCCACAAAGUUGCAAGAUGAGUCAGGUCAUCCAGCAGAUUGCGCCCAGGCUGUUCUUCACCAACCACCAGGUCUACACAGGCUUCACAGGCACUGCGAAGGCAUUGUCCAGUUGGAAGUUCGUGAACGUGCAGUUUGCUAUCGUGGGAACUGGCGGCUGCGGAACGACCUCUCUGCGGAAGAAUUUGGAGCAGCAUCCGGGCGUGCGCUUCACUUAUGAAGGUGAUGAUGUGCUGUAUGCCCCUGGCUACAACCACCUCUACCAGGGCGGAUUUCGAAUGCUCCCCACUGAGGAGCAGGUGAACCAGCUGAAGUGUGGCAAGGGCAGGUGCAGAGCUGAAGAUGUGGACGACCGAAUCAUUGGCCUUAAGAAUUACAACCUCUACAACUUCGAUGUUGGACUGGCAGCGUUGAGUUUGAAGAGAAUGAAGAUCAUCCUGCUUGUAUGUGAUCCACUUGAUCGUUUGGAGAAGGCUCUCUACUACAAGCAUUGCCAAUUCACAAGCCGCUGUGAAAACCGCAGCGUAAUUGAUGAGAUCGUGGCGGGCAAGGAUGUGGCGGAACUGGUCGCUGAGCAUCGAGAAUAUUGGAUCGCUUCGGAGCGAAUCAUGUUCUUAAUGAGUCUCUUCAAGCCGCCGGAUGUGAUCAUAGCCCAUCAGGAAGUUCUACGCACCAGCCCCGACUUCCUCUACCAGACCUUAUUCAAGCAGAUUGGCGCUGGGCCGUUUCAAAUGAGAUUCCAUCGCUACAACAGCGUGGGCGGGCUGCGCUCGGGCUUGUGCCAACGGAGGAAGCUGCUGAAGGAAUUCCAGCAGGCCUUGGAACCGGAGUAUGCGAAACUUGAGGCGCCCGGGACGUUUGAUGGUUUUCAAGCAUCAGAAUGGGACAUCCCUGCCAAAUGUUUCCCCGGCCUCAUCUCCACCGCCGUAACGAGCUACGAAGCACCCGGCGCUGCGUCAACCAACGCUGCGGAGCUGUGGAACAAGUUCCGACACUUUGCAGGAUCGAUCUUCAACGGAUCCAAGGACAUGAUUUUUCAACUGAAGGGCUACUACGCAGAGAUCAACCUACUGGAUCCUCCCAAUGAUGAGGUACUUUACGAACGUGAAUUUUGUGACAGCCUGAUUGGCUUUGGCUGGCAACAAGGAGAAGAACUGCUGCUGUGGGAUGCCUUCUGCUCCGACGGCCAAGGCCUUGCCGUGCCCUGCAUCUACUUCAAGAACCUCAGGUGGGUGGACCGUGAAGUGAAGAUCUUUAAGAUGAAACAAGCGGCCAAGAAGAAGGCGGAAAAGAUGACAGGCGUGAAGCAACGGAUCAUUCAGGAGGCCCAACUAGCUCUGAAGAGCUUCAAGGCCUUCAUGAAGAAGCAGUUCGGCAACUCGUUCCGAGCCUGGCGCCAGGCCUUGGACUUGGACGGAUCCAUGAACCUCCAACGCGCGGAGCUCUUCAAGGCUGUGAAGGCUCUCAACUGGAAGGGCAACUGCAGGGCUCUGUGGAAAGCACUGGAUCACGACUUCAGCGGCAUUACCACGAUCGAAGAGUUCGACCCUGACACCGCGCAAGUGAUCGCCCACUUCCGCGAGUGGGCCGUCUCCAUGGUGGAGAACUCCCGGAAGCCCAGCGACAUCUUUGAGCUGGUGGAUCGACACAACCGGAAGAAGCUUUCACAUGCACAGUUUCAGCAGGAGUUGGAGCAUCAUGGCUAUACAAAAAAAACCAAGCAGCUGAUCCACAUGUUGGACUGGCAGGACAAGAAAUAUAUUUGCGACCGUGAUCUCGCCUUCCUGGAUAUAUGGCGACCUCCAGCUUUUCUCACCGGCACUCCGGAUCCUGCAGCAGCUGCAGCCUUUAAGAAACAGCUGGUGACGCGCCACGGCCACAUCCUGAAGGCCUGGCGUUUUGCCAUGGACAAAGAUGGCUCCAACAGCUGCAACUGGCAUGAAUUCCAAGAGGCCGCGAAGUUGGUGCGCUUCCAUGGCAACCUCGCCGGCGUGUGGUUGGCCCUGGACGCAGAUCUUAGUGGAUCCAUCUCGUUGAAGGAGAUUGAUGAGGAUGCCAAUGACUGCUUGGUCGAGUUCAAGAAAUGGGCAGACGAGGAGUUUGGGGGCGUUCGUUCCGCCUUUAAGGUGCUGGAUGCGGAUGGCUCGGGUGCCUUGCAUUUCAAGGAGUUCAAAGCAGCGUGCAGGAACUACGGCUUUCCAGGUGAUUGUAAGAUGCUCUUCCAAUGCCUGGAUCAGCAAGGCGAAGGGGCACUGCAGCCGCAUGAGGUCUUCUUUUUGGACAAGUGGUUGUUGGAUGAUCCUGCGCAGUAUGGCCUGCCAGACCCUGAGGCCUCCAAAGACAAGAGGCGACUGGAUCCGGACGGCGACCGCAUGCUGGAAUACUUCACAGAUACGCCUGGCCCUGGGCACUACAAGUUGCCUGAGAGCAUGGCACAGAAGGACCACUGUCCCACUGCCAGAUACUGCGGAGCCUUCACCAUGCAAGGCCGUCAGGCGCUGUAUCUGGGCCAUCACAGGCACUCCCACGUGAGCCCUGCCAAGUAUUCCCCUUCCCUGAAAGCCACGGCACGGCGACAACCAGCCUACACCUUCUCGCGGCCCAAGUCCGCCGCCCCGAAGCUCAGCGGAGCUCACAGUCCAGCGAGUCCCACGGUGGUCAGCAAGCGACGCCAGAGCCGAUGCAGGGGGAACCCAGAGGUCAUGGACAGCCUAGAUCCGGGCGUGUCGCUGUUGUCGGAAGACAGCAACGUGGGCCUCGGCCGUCCCAUACCGACUGAGACGGAGUUCGAACGCCUCUUGGAGGACUCGGUGGAGAUGGAGACGCAGCACCUGGCGCCAAGCUCCCCCGAACUCGCCACUGGGGCCACGGCGCAGGUCGUGAGUCCGGUGGGAGUUCUUCCAGAUGCUUCCAGCACAAGCCGAACGGUGCUGCAAGGUUCCGGGAAGGUCCAGGCCCAAGACUCCUGGGCCAUGGUGGGGCUGUCCGGACGUCUGGAAGACUUGUGCCGCGACUUGCGGCGAAGCGUGGAGCAUGAGUUCGGUCUGUCCGAGCGGCAGCUGCAGGCGCAGCAUCAGGCUGAGUUGGAAGCCCAGCGGUUGAGACAUGAAACCUUGAGCCACCAGCAGCAGGUAAAGAUCGAAAACCUUGAAAUGGAGGUAAAAACCUUAAGCAAGAAGCUGGAGACCAAACAGAAGCAGGUCAAAGAUGCCUUGGCAUUGACUGGUCAUGUGAGGCAGAACAUGCUGGCCCGCCUCGCGUUCGACAGUGGUUUUCGCAUGUGGCAGGCACGUGCUGCCGAGAGCAAACACAAUCAGCUCCAGGAUGUGUUGGCCAAAAAAUUGCAUGAUGUGCACAUGAGCGCCAACUUCUUAAGCGCCUGGCGACAGAUCUCUCAGACCAGCAGUCGGGAGAAGUUGCUGGCGCACGAGCGGGCAAGUGCUGGAGCAGUUCGGGCCAAGCUCUUUGAGCAGAUGGAAACAGAGCGGAACCAGUUGGUGGCACAGGUGGAAGACUUGAACAAACAGUUGGGCGAAGAAGCCAAACAGCGUGCCGUUUUGCAGGACAAUCUGAAGCGAGUCUUUAUGCGAGGUGUUUGCGCCCUGAACUUUGAAGCCAUGUCCUUGCUGAACGACCCUCAAGGUGGAACGGCCACCAUGAACGCAGCAGCGCUGGCCGGGGCCACAGAGGUCCUGGCAGCGCAGACGGAGCCGCCAGGACCUCCUGUGUUGCCUGAACAACAGGAGAAGGCUCAGACGGAGCCAGUGGCGGUGGCAGCGCUACCUGCUGAGGGUGCUGACUCUAUGGACGAUACCAUGCAACCGCAGGUCAGUCCCACGCCAUUGCCAUUUGUAAGCUACACUGGGCCAGCGGCCCGGACGACAGGAUCCCGUGGGGCGCUGCCAAAGAGCCAGCGCUGGCUUGCCAGCGCCUCACCCGCACGGAUCGAGAAGCCCUUGGCAGCGCGUUGA